UAUAUGGAGCAUCCCGACAAGGGCUACCUCGACAGCAGAGCUCUCCAUGGCGACGGGCGCCCCUCAUCCAUAUUUCCAAAGCUCUGCAUUCGUGGCCGGCGUUCAGUUCCUGACGCCACUCUUGUUCCGGGAAUAUUCCACUCCUGCUCUCCUCCAUGAUUGGAUACUAUUUAUCCGCAAAUCCAACACUGUUCCUCAUCAAGCUGCUACCUUUUUCCCCCUUGGAGAUUGCUACAGCAAGUGGUUGGGGAUUUCAGCUGCUAGCUGUUUGUUUCAGGGGCAGGGCAGCAUGAGGGCGCCGGUUCUGCUAUGGGCGGCCACCACGUGGCUGGCCGUCAGCGCCGUGGCUCACCCUGGCAGAGGCGGCGGCGGCGGCGGCGGCGGGGAGCAGCCGCUGUCGAGGAUCGCCGUCGAGAGAGCGGUCCUCGCCGUCGACGAUGCCGCGCACGUCAAGGCGUCCCCUUUGGUUCUUGGGCUCACGGGCGAGAACAGUGAAUGGGUGGACGUGGAGUUCUUCCAUCCCAACCCAUCCAGUGACGAUUGGAUCGGUGUGUUCUCUCCUGCGAAUUUCAGUGCUGCAAUCUGUGAGCCUGAGAAUAAGAGGCAGUAUCCUCCAGUGCUUUGCACUGCACCUAUCAAGUACCAGUUUGCAAACUUCACAAAUGAUGGCUAUAACAAGACUGGAAAGGGAUAUCUGAAGCUUCAGUUGAUCAACCAGAGGGAAGAUUUCUCGUUCGCACUUUUUUCAGGAGGCCUCUUGAAGCCCAAGCUGAUUGCUGUCUCAAACAAGGUAGCAUUUGCGAAUCCAAAGGCACCAGUCUACCCACGUUUAGCACAAGGGAAGUCUUGGAAUGAAAUGACAGUCACCUGGACAAGUGGCUAUGAUAUUACCGAAGCGGUUCCUUUUGUUGAAUGGGGCGAGAAAGGAGGACGCCGCUUUCUUGCUCCAGCUGGAACAUUAACAUUUGACAGAAAUAGCAUGUGUGGUGCACCAGCCCGAACUGUUGGUUGGCGCCAUCCUGGUUACAUUCAUACUAGCUACCUGAAGGAUCUGUGGCCAGACUCACCGUACACUUACAGGCUUGGCCACAGGUUAAUGAAUGGGACCCGCGUCUGGAGCAAAUCAUACAGCUUCAAAGCAUCACCUUACCCUGGACAAGAUUCUUUGCAACGAGUCAUCAUAUUCGGAGACAUGGGAAAGGCAGAGGCAGACGGUUCAAAUGAGUUCAACAACUUCCAGCCAGGUUCACUAAACACUACUCACCAGGUCAUCAGUGACAUAGAAAACAUCGACAUGGUGGUCCACAUUGGGGACAUCUGCUACGCGAAUGGCUACUUGUCUCAAUGGGACCAGUUCACUGCACAGAUCGAACCAAUCGCUUCAAGGGUGCCAUACAUGAUUGGCAGUGGUAAUCAUGAGAGGGAUUGGCCUGGCACUGGUUCAUUCUACGGGAAUCUCGACUCCGGCGGAGAAUGCGGUGUCCCUGCCCAAACCGUGUUCUACACACCAGCUGAGAACCGUGCAAAGUUCUGGUACGCAACAGACUACGGCAUGUUCAGGUUCUGCAUCGCGAACACAGAAGAGGACUGGAGGCCCGGGACCGAGCAAUACAAGUUCAUCGAGCAAUGCCUGUCUUCUGUCGACAGGCAGAAGCAGCCAUGGCUCAUCUUCCUCGCGCACCGCGUUCUUGGCUACUCGUCCUGCGCCUACUACGAGUUAGAGGGCACGUUCGAGGAACCCAUGGGGCGGGAAGCGCUGCAGGAGCUCUGGCAGAAGUACAAGGUCGAUCUCGCCUUCUAUGGACAUGUCCACAGCUAUGAAAGGACAUGCCCAGUCUAUCAGAGUCAAUGCGUUGUCGAGGCGUCGGACCACUACAGCGGCCCGUUCCAGGCGACGACGCACGUCGUCGUCGGCGGCGCAGGAGCCAGUCUCUCGAAGUUCACCGACUCAAAGAUUCAGUGGAGCCACUUCACUGACUUCGAUCAUGGCUUCGUCAAGCUCACGGCUUUCAACCACUCGUCCCUGCUGUUCGAGUACAAGAAGAGCCGCGACGGCAACGUGUACGACCAUUUCACGAUCUCGCGGGACUACCGGGACAUCCUCGCUUGCUCCGUCGACAACUGCCCCUGGAGCACACUGGCUUCAUGAAGUCUCGUGAUCUAGCAUUCAGACAAGGAAUUCAGUUCAUGGGGUGGGUCUCUUGCAGUUGCAGGGCAGCGGCGAUUCAGUUACUGUACAUAGUUUUUUUUUUGGGAGUGCGCCAAUAAAAUGAGGCAUUUUCUUUUCUGCCUGCAUACCUGCAGAUGAAACAGUGGGUGCCUUUUGUUCUACUCAUAGCUAUACUAGUAAUGUUUUAGUAGGAUGAGGUGCAGUGCUUUGCAGUUUGUCAAGUUUUUUGUUUACUUUUCUUUAAAUAAGGGUAGAUUCUCUAGAACCUAGGAUGAAAAACAAGGUGAGCACGUGGGACUCAAACUCAGGUGGUUGGCAACGAGGCAAACAACAGGACCACAUGCUGGUAAAA